ACCAGUAUACAUGCACUUUUGUUUUCUUAUAAAUAACUUAGUCCCCUUGCUUGAAUUUUAAAACAUAUAAAAUACAUAUAUACUUAGAAGUUAGGGCAUAUAUAAGUAUUUUAGAGAAUAUAAUUGGGUAGCUAAUUAGUGAAUAAUUAUGAACAAGAAAUCUAGCUCAUCCAAAAGAAAUAGGGCAGCUAUGGAGAAAGAUAGAAGAAACCAAAUGAGAGAUCUAUAUUCUCAACUCAAUUCUCUUGUCCCUCAAGAUGCUUCCUUUCAAAGGGCAAUUCCGGAUCAAAUAGAUGAUGCAGCAAAUUAUAUAAGGCAACUACAAGGGAACGUGGACAAUCUGAGGCAAACUAGGGAUGGUUUGCUUGGAGGUGGAGCCUCACAAGGUGGCGAAAGUGGCAGCGGGAGCGGCAGAAACUUGUCAGUCCAAAUAGAAGUGAAUGAAAAUGGGAGUGCCCUAGUAGUCAAUCUAAUUACUGCUGUAGAGUACCAAUUUGUAUUCACUGAGGUGGUUCGUAUUCUCAAUGAGGAAAAUGCUGAAGUUGUGGAUGCUAGUUAUUCUGCGGCUGAAAAUACCGUCUUUCACACCGUACACGCUCAGAUGGGUGAGGCUGCCUCUAUUGAAAGGAUUACUGAAAAGUUGAAGCGAUUUGAGCUCUAAUUCUAUUUCUAGCAGCCUUAUCUAUUUAAUUAUGGAAGGUUUAAUGCUUUUAACUAAGCUUUUAAAUAUUUUUAAUGGAUAAUAAUUUCAAGUUGUUGCUGGAAUUUCUGAUUGGGUGUAUGUCAAACCUAUGAACGUACACUUCAUCUAAUCAUAUGUAACCUAAAAUCAUGUGUUAUGUUUAUGAAGCUUGUAGUCAACAAAAAAACAAUGCAUUAAAAGGACUCUUGUACCCUCAUUAUUAAUUCUUACCAUUUACACUAUUUUAAUUAAUAGUUUUCAUUAGAUUAUACCCAAAUAUUAUCAAACCACUUAUACAUAUUUACUUCCUCCAUUUCAA